UCUCAGCGCGGCGCCAUGACACUUAGCGAGGCGGAAGCGCGGGGGGCGGAGGUGCUGUGGCGUCACUUCCGCUUCCGCCGGAAACCGGAAGAAACCCAGCCAGCGGAGGAGGAAGGAGGAAGGAAGCGGCCGCGGCCUCUCGCAGCUCCCCGGGCCCCGCGGCCCAUGAGCGGCGGCCGGUGGCGGCGGCCGGGGGAGAUGGUGCAGCCCGGGGGAAGCGGCGGGGCCGGCCCGGGCUCCGGGAGCGGAACGGAGGGAGGAGCGGCCGGGGAGGAGGCGGCGGUAACGGCGGUAACGGCGGCCGGGAGGGUCCCGCUGGAGCUGGGGGGACCCGAGGGGCUGCAGAGGCUCUUGGUGGAGAACCGGGAGCUGAAGGCGGCGCUGCGGCGCAGCAGUGAUGCGUUACGCGGGCGCUGCGAGGAGCUGCGGCGCCUCCAGACGUGGCGGCGGACGGAGCGGGAGGUGCUGCGGGGGAGGGCGGGCCAGGCCCGCGCCUUGGUCGAACGACUCCGCGCCGAACGCGACGAGGCCGCGCGACGCCUCCGCCGCGACCCCCCCGCCUCGGAGGAGGCGCCGGCGGAACCCCCCGAAUCGCCGCCCCGCCCCCGCCGCGACGCUGAGUCGCCCCGGAGGGACCCCGCGACCCCCCGCGACCCCAGCCCCACGGAGCAGCUGAGGCAGCGCCUGGCCGCGGCGGAAGCCGAGCUGGUGACAUCACGCGCGGCGCGGGCGGCGGCGGAAGAGCGCGCGGAGGCGGCGGGGCGUCAGGCCGAGCUGCAGCUCCAGGCGUUGCGGCGGCAGCUGGAGCAGGACAAGGCGUCGGUGAAGGCGCAGGUGACGUCGCUGCUGGGGGAGCUGCAGGAGAGCCAGAGCCGGCUGGAGAGCAGCCGCAGGGAGAGGGACGAGCUGGAGCAGAGGGCGGCGGCGGCGGCGGCGCGGUGCCGGGCGCUGGAGGAGGCGGCGGGGGGGCAGGAGCUGCAGCUGGAUCAGCUCCGCCUGCAGGUGCAGAACCUGGAGGGGGCCCUGCGCGUGGAGCGGCAGGGGGCCACCGAGGAGAAGCGCAAGCUGGUGCAGCUGCAGGUCGCCUACCACCACCUCUUCCAGGAGUACGACGCCCACAUCAAGGCCAGCCUGGAGGGGGACAAGCGCAGCCAGGAGCUGGAGGAGGCGCGGACGCAGCUGCAGCAGGCGGAGGAGGCGCUGGCGGCCAAGCAGGAGCUGAUCGACAAACUCAAGGGCGACGCCGAGCGACACCGCGCCACCCUGGAGACCAUCCCCGUGCUCCAGGCUCAGGCCGACAUCUACAAGGCGGAUUUUGAGGCGGAACGCGCGGCGCGGGAGCAGCUCCACGCCCAGCGCGAGGCUCUGCAGGAAGCCCUGGCCCAGCUCCGGCUCCGCCUGGACACCGAGGGAACCGCCAGGGUUCGGCUGGAGGAGAUGAGGAACCGCCACUCCGAGCUGCGGCCCCCGGUGGCGUCGGCAGGUUUUGGGGCGCCCCUGCGCGCGCCCCCCGCCGAGGAGCAGCCCGAUCUCUGCUGCCCCAAGUGCCAGUACAAGGCCCCCGACAUGGACACGCUCCAGAUCCACGUCAUGGAUUGCAUCAAGUGACCCCCCCCCCCCCCCAAAAAAAAGGGGGGGUGUGGGUGCGUACCCCCAAACCAGCCCCAUUAACACCCCACGAGCGCCGGGACGGGGGGGCAGCGAGAGAAGAAAA